UCUCAAAAGCACAGAGAGAACAUCCAAACUUCAUGCAAAUAGUGUCUAGAACAAUGGAUUCCAGUGCUGCAAGGCGGACAUGCAAACUACUAAGGUUUUGCUUUGAUGGCACAACACAAACAGAUAUUGAGGUUCCCAACCAGGGGCGGACUGACCAUUUGGAAACUCGGGCACUGCCCGAGGGCCCGGGGUCAGUAGGGGGCCCCAUGAGAUGCCCUUGGUACCUUUUUUAUAGGCUUUUUUGAGUUUCGGAAAGGACACAGGGGCCCCAUGAUCCCCUAUUGCCCGGGGGCCCCAUGAGUUGUCAGUCCGCCCCUGU